AUGGCGUCUACAAGCGAUCACAAGAUCGCUUCCAUGGCCAUGGGCUUCACCCUCGGCUUUGGUCUGCUCACCGUUUGGGAAGCAUGGAAACAAACACGCCGCAACAGAAAUCCGCUUCGCAGCACGUAUAUUUACAUGCUCUGGGGAGAAAUCGCUGCGAAUCUUGCUAUUGCUAUCAUCGGAUGGGUUUUCUUGGAUGGAAUUAUCGGCCCGACUGUCCCUGUUCUUUUCUUCAUUCUGUUCUUCUGGGUCUGGGAGAUCCAGUUACUUCUUCAGAUCAUCGUCAACCGAAUUUCUAUCAUUGCGGAACAUCGAUCUACUAUCUUUAAGUUGAAAUGGGGCACAGCUAUUAUUAUUACGCUUGUCAACAUUGCUGUGUUUGUUAUCUGGAUUCCUUCGCAUACCGUACCUCCCGUGAGCCAGACAUGGGUCAAAGUCAAUGAUGUCUGGGAUCGUAUCUCCAAGGUCAUCAUCCUCAUCGUCGAUGCCGGCCUGAACUGGUAUUUCCUCCGCACCGUCAAGAAGAGACUCGUCGAGCAGCACAAUCUGAAGAAGUACGAGCCUCUCGUCGGCUUCAACGCCAAACUCAUGAUUGUCUCCAUCCUCAUGGAUGCCAUGCUCAUCGGUCUCAUGUGGCUCCCCAACCAAGUCGUCUACAUUCAGUUCCACCCCGUAGCCUACAUGGUCAAGCUCAACAUCGAAAUGUCCAUGGCAAAGCUCAUCACACGUCUAGCCAAAGGCGAAAACGCCGACGACUAUUACCCCUCCCUCUCCCACUCCGGCCACGGCCGCAGCGGCCACCGAACCGAAGACGCUCCUUGGACAACCGGAGGAAACAACUUGCAGCUUACGCAUCGAUCUAAGGUUGUCGCUGGAGACUCCGAUGAUGAUCUGCCUAACCGCGGCCCUGGUAUUCAUCAGCGAACAGAGUUCCAGGUCACUGUUGAGAAUAGUCCUGAUAGGAAUCCUUUCAAGGGGGGUUCGGAUACGGAUGAGAUUCCUUUGACGCAUGGACAUCCUAAGCAGGUUGUCAUUGAGGAGAUUAGUCGUGGGCCUUCUAUUUCGAGCAGCAGACGAUCAUAA